AUUGAUUGUAACCGUAGAUACCUCUAUCUUUUGUUGGAACCAUUAAGUUUGAUGAAGCAGUCGUUAAUGACUCAUACAUCACAAGUGAUUAAUGAAUGACAAUCUGUGAAUAAUGAUCCAAAAUGGUUGCCAUGGAGUACAAUUAUCAAGAGGAGGAAAAUAAGUCAUAGAAUGACAGCGAAGUCUGCCAAGAGUUCGAUUGUUCCUUCCAGGACGAGUCGCCACUGGUGCGUGAAGUUUUUUCUUUAUUGGGUGCAUAACUGCAUAGCAAUUUCAAAUGGAACCAUAAAAAAUAAUGAGUAAGUUUCGGAAAGUCGAGAAUCACGUGGACUCCGCGAUUGUGUAGUGAGUGUGUUUCACUGACUGCGCAAAAUCUAUACAUGAAGGGUUUCAAAGUUCCUCGAAUCAUCUCAUCGUAAUACUAUACCUACAGAGUGGCACAAAACAGUAAAAAACCCUCGACGCUGAAAGGAUUACAUCCAUGAAGACGAAUGGAAUGAAUAUGCAGCGAUCAAAAACGAGACAUGCGGCAAGCUCUUGCAUCCUGAUGCUUAUGUGUGUUCGACAUGGCAUAACACACAUGGACAAAUAUAUAAAUGGUUUUCAUUCAGUAUACAGUAGUGAACUUUAUCUUCCCGAUGAUUAUACUCCCUCUAUCCUGGAUACGGACUCAUCGGAAGAAUAUAGGACAGAUGAAAUGGGAUGGGGCAACACCGCCAAAAGCGUCCAAUGGCCUCCAGACGACGUUAGACAUACACAUGAAGAUUCAAAAGAAAAUCUUAAAAGCUUCGGCGGCAUAUACGAUUAUUUGAUAACCGAUCAAAAUGUUUGGCAUGGCGGCGGUGGUGGAAAUACGAAGCCAAACUCAAAUGGAGAGACUUUUCGUGCCAUCGACCAGGACUCGUCGGAAUGGGACAAGGGCGCGUCGGAAAGGGAACGGGACUCGUGGGAAACGGACGAUGACUCGUCGGAAAAGGACAAGGACUCGUCGGAGGGGGACGGGGACUCGUCGGCCGAGGACUCGUCGGAAACGGAUGAUGACUCGUCGGAAAAGGACAAGGACUCGUCCGAGGGGGACGGGGACUCGUCGGCCGAGGACUCGUCGGAAACGGCCGAGGACUCGUCGGAAAGGGGCGAGGACUCGUCGGAAGGUAACGUGAACUCUUCGGCAGGGGGCAAAUGUGAAAUACAAUAUUUCUACGACAUCGACGUCAAAUCUGCGAAGUGCAGGAUGGAGAAGGAAGGUUGCCAUCUCGAGUACAGCGGAUUCAGAACCGUCAUACCGGAUUUGAAGCGUUGCCUCGUCGAAAACAAUCGGUGCAUCCUGCAGAAAGGUGCCAAACGAGUGAUGCUUCCGUUCACUCGGAUAGGAUGUAAAAAAUACAGGCAGAAUCCCAGGAUGUCCAACGAGCCUAUCCACGACGUGAACAACGAAACGCAAGAGAACAGUUGCGAGUUUCACUACAUGGACGAACUGGCGUUCGACGAAUUGGCGUGCGAAUUGAAGGAGGGCGAAUGUUUUCUGAGCGACGGGAAUAGGAUGACCAUAAUCUUGGACGAGGAGAAUUGUAGGUUAGAAAACGGCACCUGCGUCGCCUCCCAAGAUUUCAAGACGGAUCUACCGUUCGUCGGUAAGGAUUGUCGAGAGUUCGAUCCUGCACCGAAAAUUAGGAGAAGGAGGCAGAUCCAGACGUAUCCGGGGUACGAUUGCCAAUUACAACGUUUCCAGAAUCUCGGAUUCUACACAGAUGUUAACUGCGCCUUGUGGGGGGGUGAAUGUUUCUUGGAACUUGACAAUAUGAUCACCGUGGCUCCAGAUGGCGAAAAUUGUUUUCUGUAUGGGGGUAGAUGUUACGUUUCCACACCGUUUACCAUCACCAACAUACCCCUGGUAGACAAGGCUUGUAUGGUACUUGAUGAAUUCACUGAAAGAUACACUGAUGUUCAGACCGGGCAAAUGAAUGAAUUUUAUGUAUAUCCCUUGAUGAGGACGAUCUACGAUGAUACUUCCAUGAUGUAUGGAAGGGCAGCAUACGACUUUCCUGAUGAAAAUGGGAUACCAAGGGUCCAAAAUGAAGGUCAACCAUCAGAACCAUCACGUAACGAUUUAUCGGAGCAGCAACCUCGAGCAGCCCGCAAGGGAGCAUCCAAAGGCGACAUAUUCACCAAUUCCAACUACACCACUUGCGUCCUGCUGGUGAGAAAAAAGAAGGACAAGGUGGAGAAGAGAUGCUAUCCGGGAAACGACAACACUGUGCAGUACGACCGCGGGAAAAACUGCCGUAUGAUCCAAGGGCAUUGUUUCAGGGUACGCAAAGACCCGGAAUUCCUCAAAGAGUAUUUUUCCACGCCGCACAACAACAUACUCACGUGCGUCAUGCUCGGCAAGGAGUGUUACAUGCUGGACGGCGACAUGCUGUUGUACAAGAAGGAAGAGUGCCACGAACCGGUCUGUCGCGCACUGGUGGCCGACCCGGUCAAUCCAGGGGCUUAUUGCGAUUUUAUAGAUUGCGGGGAUUCCGAUGAUUCCGAUGAUCCCGAAGAUUCCGAACACGCGGGCCAAAUUGGUGGAGAGGUUCCAGUGACUGUUUUGGACAACGAUAUGGCUGAGGGGCUGUCGGACGGUCUGAAGCAACUAUUACCUAAAAAUCACACCACUGGGAAGCCCGUAGGUAUAUUCUACUCAAUGUCUUUCAUAUACAACAAUUCACUUUCGGCUGUGUACACGUCGCCGAAUAGCUCCGACCAAUCAGCGGGCAGUAGUAGUGGAGAUGGUGGUAAUAAUGGACAAAACUUUGAUAAAAACGAUUCUGGCGAUAAAAAUCUUCCGGAAGUGGAGGAAGUGGAUGAAGAAGAAGAAACGGAAGAUAUUACAGAUGAAAUCGAUGAUUACGACUACGAUGAGGACUAUGAUCUGCCGUCAUCUAGAAAAUCUGUGAAGAAAGAUCCGGUUGCCUCAGAUAUAUGGCGCGAUGCUAAGUUUACCGACUGUAUUUUCCACAUGACGAUGAGGAAAAAGAGGUGGGAAACGAAAUGCUACCCGGGCAACCAAAACACCGACGAGAUAAGCCCGCAAGACGCGCACAACUGUCGCCUCAUAGACGGGGAAUGCUACAAGGUCCACAGGGACCGGAAGUUCCUGAGCUCGUACUUCAAGAAGCCGCCGAAUCGGAUGCUGAAAUGCGUGAUCGUCGAAGACGACUGUUACCUGAAGGACAAGAACCUGCUGUUGUUCAACAGCGACGACUGCUACGAAUCGAUCUGUGGACAACUGCGUAGCGAUGGGAAGGUGCCCGGGAACUUUUGCGAUUCGUCGAAGUGCGGACAUUCCAAGCCUAACCUGGUGAGCUUCAAGGAAGUAAAGGGGGCGCGACGUUCCCCCUUGUCGAAGUCGACGACGAGUCUCGGGAAUAUCGAAGACCAUAUGGUUGCUCCUCUGUUGAAAACGUUGAAGGCGGUGGUGCCACAGACGGAUUUCGAAGGGGAUCCGUCGUCUGUCGUAUACUCGAUCGGGCUGCUCUACAACGAUCCAGACUCAUCGCCGGUGACGGUUCGGAAAGUCAGCGAGGUGUUGUCGAGAAGAAAAAACGAUACCAUCGAACGGGGGUCGCAGUCACUUCCAGAGGGGAGGGAUGUCACCAAUUCGACAGAUCAGAAAGACAGUGAAAUCUCAAGAAGAAACAACGGAACGACCGAAAGUGAGUCCUUGAUUUCAUUUACCGAACAAGAGGCUAACGGAUCAGAAAUCAGCAAUUCAACAGAGAAUGUUAUAAAUGGUAAUUCAAAUGAGCAAAUUGUGAUUUCUCCUGAUGGACUGGGCAGAAGUGCGAAAACCGAAUCAUCUGAUGGAAAAUACCAAUCCAUUGACAGUAAAGAAUCUCUACCCAAUCCUGCAAGGUGAAAUUUUUGGUUGCCCUUAUGUACCUGUAGAUAAAUCAAAUACAUAAAGUGAAAGUUUGUCCUAGUGUCAAUUGUGCCUAGUGCCUAAUUACUUCAUUCGAA